AGUCGUCGCUGCUAGGAUGGAGGAGACGAGCGAUCGGCGCCAGGCGACGAUCCGCGCGAGGAAUCGGGGCGCAGCCUCUCGAUCUGCAACCAUUGCCACGAUCUCGUCCCGGCUCUUCCUGGCGAUCGUGCUCUUCCAGCUCCCACUCUUCAGGGUUCCCUGCCAAGCCGGCGUUUGCACCAAUCCUCUGGAGCUUACGGCCGUCCAAAUGGCCGGCAGCAAAGCCACUCCUCUCUGGCUCGUCAAAUCUCUCCUCCUCCCUGGAGCGUGCGUCCGGGGCUUGAUCACCGAUCUCUCGCUGCCUUCUUGGGACAAGAUCCUCGAGCAGUACAACAUCACCGAGACAAACUCCCCGGGUCUCGAUCUUCUCCGCCUCGAGGUGAUUGCUGGGAGUUACUUCGCUGUCGCGGGAGCGCUGGUGGGAGUUUUCAAGCAUGGAAGAAUGAGCAUGUUUGGGAUGCUCUUGAUCGCGUGGGGGCUGAUCAAGGAGGGCAUUCUCCACAAGAAUCCAAGCUCCGGUUCCCAGGUUCACGCAAAUCCAGCCUUCAUCGUCGCGGUCGCGCUUGGAUUCCUGUCCGUGAAAUACGACUUCCAAAAGGUCCAGACGCUCGCCAGGCCCGUCGUCAACCCACUCAAGAGCUCCGCGAAGUCCAAGCUCAAGUAGAAGCUCUAAAAGGUGACGAACCCUCGCUUCUUUUUACCUUCUAACGUGAAGGUUUUAUUUGAAAAUGAAAAUGGUGCUAGAAGCCACAGAAAACUUGCUCCGUCGCGCCCAGAAUGUAGCACCCUUUGUUUUGAGGAUAGCAUCGACCAACGAAGUAGCACUCGCAGCUUCCGGUGCCUCCGGUUCUACAAGUUAUAUUCCUCACGGAUUGGGGAGGACAAACGGGGCUAAUCGCGAGACAAUCUGAGCAAGAAAGGCAAGAGCUUUAGAAACCAGAGCGGAAAAACGGAAGCAAAAAAACCACUUGCAAUCUUUCAUGGUAAUCUGUAGGCCUGUGGACGCCGAAGCUCGCAUUAGAAACACGAAAGAGAGACUUUGGAAAAA